AUGUCGCUCGGCACCUGGAAGGGCCAAGGUGUGCUUGUUGAUUUCGUGGUUCUUCCGGCCCAUGCUGUCGCCGAGGUACCUCGGGGAGUGCGAGAUGGUCCGGCAGCAGCUGGACUCCUCGGUGUUGCUGGACAGACGAGCGCUGUGCUCGUGCAGGCCGCACAGUUGCGUAAAGAACAGCGCCCUCUCGUCAAUGGAGCCAGUGGUGGAGUGGGAUAUGUCUUGACACAAGUGCUCGCCGGCCUUGGCGUCCAUAUCACGGCGAUCUGUUCAGGGAAGAAUGAAGAUUUGGUCCGAAGGCUGGGCGCGGACGAGUAUUUGGCAUCGACUGUGCUUGACUCCGACGAUGGAAAACAGUUCGAUGCCAUUUUCGACCUGGUCGGCGAUAGACAGCUCUACACACAUUCUCCUAGCUAUCUUGACCUAGGCGGCAAGUAUCUGGACAUCGAAGCAGGCCCCUUCGGGAGGUUUAAGCUCGACAACUGGCUGCCAGUCUUUCUAGGUGGAACUCCUCGAGCGUUCACACCCGUAUUCAGCUACCCGUCUGGCAAGUCUGCAACCGAGGCGGCGACAUGGGUAGAGAAAGGGUGGAUUAAGGAGAUGGUCACUGAUUCGGUAUAUUCCAUGGAGGAAGCAUAUGAAAAGUUAGCCACAGGAAGAGCAACUGGCAAAAUAUUCGUCAACGUAUCUUUAAGGCGGCCGUUUAGAAUAAAUAGCUAG